UGGCACAGCGCAUACUCGCUCAAGAUGAACGGUCGUCUCCUCAUCGUCCUGGCCUUCGGCGCCGUCCUCGUCAACUUCGCUCAGAGCAUCAUUCUCCUGGCUUCUGGCACCGCGGCUGCCACCACCGUCACCGUCAGCGCCGCAGGUCUGGCCGCCGGCGCCGCCGCCGUGGGUGCUCUGGCCGUGGGCGCAGCGGCAGCCGUGGCCCUGGCCAGCCGCGGAAAGCGCGAGGCUUCGUCGUGCCUUCCCUUCUCCAGCCCCGAGAUCUACUUCAGCAUGGCGGCCAACUCCGACUUCCUCGACUGCGGUCGCCGCUACGUCUGCGAGCUCGAAGCCACCGCCGACGACAAGCUCGCCCACGAGGAGCUCCUCAUCCGCAACCUCUUCGGACGCAGCUCAAGCGCCAUCAGCGGAGUCGCCGGAGGUUUCUUCGCUGACGCAGGCAAGGUCGGUGCCGUCAAUGGCACUGCCGCCUGCGCUCAGACCUUCAGCAGCUGUCCCUUCGACAGGAAGGACAUCUAUCAGGCAUUCAGGGAAAUCCAGAACACCGCCUGAGUCACUUCCUCUCCCAUGUUUUCACCACCGCAGCCAUAGACCCUAAGAGGACGGGGUAGUUUGCGUUGCGUGGAUUUCAUCUCGCCCUCAGUGCCAAGACCCAUGUGCCGGGUGUGGCACUGCAUCAUGAGAGAGCGUGUAACCACAUUCAUAACGUUUUACUACUGUGUGUAUAGCUUUAGCAAUUAUUUUCACUUCCUGCUGUAGCGCCUCUCCUCACAAUGUCACUUCAGUCAGUCAUCUUUGACAACAACCGUCUCUUUCUCUGUCACAAAGUUACUUGUAAUUUCAUUUUCCAUUUUAUCAUCUUGUACCUUUUCUGUUUUAUAGAAUCUGGACUUAUUGUUCAAUAAAAAAAAUAUAACAGCUAUAUUCAA